AUGCUUUUUUUUCUUUAUCUCCAAGGCAUUUUUAAGUUGUAUAUUGACUGCCAGAGCUUUGCCUUCCGCCUCUUUCCGUCGACAUCCUCCGGGGGGCUUCUCAGUCUCUUCCCCGGUGUAGCAAAAGUCUUUUUGGGGGAGUCUCCCCUUGUGCACCAGGGUUGUGGCCCUCUGGGGGGGGAUGACGAGCGGGCUCUUGGAGGCAGUGGCAGAGUCUUUGCUUUGGUCGGGGAAGGUGGGGCAGAGGAUGGGAGGUUAACAGUUUUUGGUGGUGGUGUUGGUGGUCUUGCUGAUGUUUGUCUCGGUGAUGGUGUGGAUUGUCUCGGUGUUGGUCUCGGUGUUGAUUUAAUUGGUGUUGGUGUUGGUUGUGGUGUCAGAUCUGGUUGGGCCAGCUGCCUUUCCAAUGGACGGCGAAUGAUCCGUCCUGGGAGCUGGGGCCGAGGCGUCACCCCCCCCUGCCGUCGGAUGCGGAGACAUCGCCGCUCUGCUGCAUGUUUGGACGCGCCGCCGCCCUCGCUUUCCUCUUCCCCUUGCCAACAACCUUCCAAUCCCCUUCAUCAGACGUGGUUAAGGGGGCGGCGGGAACAGAGGCCUUUGUAUUGGGCAAUAGAGACGUCCCAGGUUCGCAUUUCUUGUGCUCCGGCUGUCUGUCCAGGCUGGCCCGUGCUAGAUGACACCUUGGGAGGCGCCUGGGAUUCGCAGGCUGCCUCCUUGGGAGGCGGCUGUUGGUCGGAUGUUGCCUCUUUGGGAGGCAGCUGGUGGUCGCAAAUUGCCUCUUUGGGAGGCAAGGGCUCAGAUGCCUCAGCAUCUGGAGCUGAAACUGCUGGCGAGGGUGGGGCAGGGUACUCCGAGCGUUGUUCCGCCAUGGCGCCCACCCUCGAACACGGGGAAGACGUCAUGGGUACUCCACGAAGGGGGGUGCCUCCAGGCCGUCUACUUCGACUGAACAGUCGGAGAUAUUCUAACGCAAGGUUAGAAACCUCCUGCCUCCAGGCCGUCUUCUUCGACUGUUCGGAUGAACAGUCGGUGAUGUCCCAACCCAAGGUUGGGAACCUCCUGCCUCCUGGCCGUCUGCUUCAACGAUUCCGGGGGGAAUCGUCGGAGAUAAUCCAACACGCAGAUGGAUACCUCCUCCCUAAACAGGGCCGCGUCAAGUAA